UGAUUCGUCUUAACUACGGCCAUAUCUCGGGUGUGUUCGCUGGACACCUGUUUCUGUCUGUCACCCUCUCUUGUCUGCCAGUGCUGAUCACUCAUCUUCUAAGCCAAACUCGUAAACGCCCUGAUGUUGGCUGUACUAACUUUAAGCAUAUGGCCAAAGAGAAAAGCACACCUACCGUCGAAGAGGAUUUCAGGGAUGAUGUAGAGAUGAAGGAGGCUCACGAGAGGCAA